GUGAGGACUCGAGUGAGUUUCAGUCAGACUGAGUUUGUCAGUUCAGUCAGUCAUUGAGGCGUCCCUGUCCUUUUACUGCUCUCGAAUGCUGCGUGUCGUAACGGAUCGUGUCUUAUCAUUAAUUUAUUGAAACUCACGAGCGCGCGAACAACGUCGUCAUUUUCAAGAUCUGGCGAUUGUUUAGUGUCGAUUCUGCGUGCGAUCGCACUUAGCGAGAUGAUAGAAUUUCAAACAAUAAUUUUUUCCUUACUUGUUGCGUUUCUUGGUAUUUUUCUCUUCACCGGAAGUCGAUGGAAGUUCUUCUACAUCCUUUAUAAGACCGUACCAAGAGAUCUCCUAGGAGCUUUUCGGUUUCUGAAAGUCAAUGCUCUAUUAUGGUUGUGGGAAACUCGAGGGCUCACAGUAGCAAGAGUUUUUUCAAGUCUUGCCGCUUCUCAUCCUGAAAAAAUUGCGUACAUUUUCGAAGAUCAAGAAUGGACCUAUCAACAGCUGGAAAAUUUCAGCAACCGAAUAGGAAAUUUUUUUCUGCCGAAGAGAAUGAAUCGAGGUGAUAGUGUUGCAUUGGUGAUGGAAGGACGAGUUGAAUAUAUUGGUACCUGGCUGGGGCUGAGUAAGGCUGGAUAUGUUACUGCCCUUGUAAAUACAAAUCUUCGAGGCGAUGUUCUCAUCCACAGUAUUCAAGCUGCCGAAUGCAAAGCCAUUAUUUUCGGAUCGGAGCUAAAAGAUGCCAUCAGUGAAAUUAGGGAUAAGCUCCCUGAUCUGGAAAUAUAUCAAUGGUCAGAUCGAUCCGAUACUCCCAUCUUGGAUGGAGCCACAAAUCUAAAUUCAGCAUUGGAUGAAGUGGAGCCUGAUCCCCUUUUGGUUGAUAUUGAAUUAGCUGGUCCUCGUGAUAAGUUAAUCUACAUUUACACAUCAGGAACGACUGGAAUGCCCAAGGCCGCUGUUAUCAACAAUCUCAGAUUUAUGUUAAUGUCGUGUGGUGUUUAUUCGAUGCUGGCUCUUCGAUCGACUGACAGGCUCUAUGAUUCUUUGCCGCUUUAUCACACAGCCGGUGGAGUCGUCGGGGCAGGGCAGGCUCUUUUAAGAGGAAUUACAGUCGUUCUUCGUAGACGUUUCAGUGCUUCGAAAUUCUGGCCCGACUGUGCUCAUUAUGAAUGUACUGUUGGUCAAUACAUAGGUGAAAUUUGUCGUUAUCUUUUGGCAGUGCCACCAAGCUCAUAUGAUACAUCCCAUAAGAUCAGAUUGCUUUUUGGCAACGGUCUCAGGCCUCAAAUUUGGGAGCCUUUCGUCAAAAGAUUUCAAGUAAAGCAAAUUGGUGAAUUCUAUGGAGCCACUGAAGGAAAUUCUAAUCUCGUUAACAUUGACAACAGGGUUGGGGCUGUGGGAUUCGUUCCAAAAUAUGCAGGAGCCCUCUAUCCAGUUGCAUUAUUACGAGUGGAUGAAGAAACUGGAGAGCCAAUCAGAGGUCCAGAUGGAUUCUGUAUUCCUUGCAAACCUGGAGAACCUGGCGUUUUCGUCGGCAAAAUCAAUCCAAAGAAGGCCGUAAACGACUUUAGUGGCUAUGCAGAUAAAAAAGCAUCCGAAAAGAAGAUAAUCCGAGAUGUUUUCAAAAAGGGAGAUCGAGUAUUCAAUUCUGGAGAUAUACUAGUAAUGGAUGAGUACGGGUAUUUUUACUUUAAAGACAGGACUGGAGACACAUUUAGGUGGCGAGGAGAAAAUGUUUCAACAUCAGAGGUUGAGGCUGUAAUCAGUAAUGUGAUUAAUUUAAAGGAUGCUUUAGUUUAUGGUGUUGAGGUUCCCGGAAACGAGGGGAAAGCUGGAAUGGCUGCUAUCUACGAUCCAGACAAGUCGCUGAACCUACAUAAUCUGGCAGCAGGCGUUAAAAAGUCGUUGCCAGCCUACGCUAGACCACUUUUUAUCAGAGUCCUUGCUGAGUUGCCGAUGACUGGUACAUUCAAACUGAAGAAAAAAAAUCUUCAAGAAGAUGGCUUUAACAUCACAAAAAUCAAAGAUGCUGUCUACUUUUUAGAAAAAUCUGGAACAUACGUGAGGCUAACCGAGAGUUUAUAUAAUGACAUUAUAGCCGAAAAAGUUCGAACAUAAUUUUUACACGAUUGAAGAAAAUAAAAUUGCGUGAAAAUUUUAGAGUUAAAAUACGCUUAGAUGGUCGUAGUACCAUAAUAUUAGAUAUUAAGUUACUAUAAAAUGGACCGAAGAAAUUGUGAUUACAUUAUUAGCAUUCCAUAAACAACAACAAAAAAUUGUCGAAGAAAUGUAUUAGAAAAUGGGAUAGUUAAUUUUUAUUUUUAUUUGAAUAUACGAUUUUAAAACUUAUACACAUUAUAUUUAUACGUAAGUCAUCACUGUCAGGGUAUAUUCCCAUUAGAAAAUUAAGUCUAAAAAAUUGAGUAGUUUGUAAAAUCAAACGUUUUGUACAAAUUAUUUAAAUUUUAUAGGAAAGGAAGUAUGAAUUGAGAAUCUUAAUUAUGUGAAAUAUAAUGAAACAUAUUAAAAGUAUCCAUAAAGGCAAAUUAAAUAUAUAAAGUUUCAGUUUGAGAAAUCUCUCACUCAAAUAAAUUAAUUUCAAAACCGACAUUUAUUUUUCGAAAGUAUAUUUCAAGAAAUUUUUUCUGCAAUUUUCAAUAAAUAGGAUUUUCUCUCAAAACCGAAACUUCCGAAAAGCUUUAUUCGACUACUUUCAUAAAAAUCAAAAGUCGAUUUUGCGUUGGAGAAACCUACCUACAGUGGAUAAUACAUUUUACACUGGAUAAUCAUUAAUUCACGGCGCAAAUAUACGUAAAAUAAUCAAUUUUAAAUUUAAUUUAUUAAUUCUUAUCGUUUCUCAAAUACUGACUAAUUAUCCACUGUAGGAAGCUGUCCCCUAUUUGUAAAGAGAAUAUAUUUUAUUAAUCAUAUACUGUUAGGAUUUACAGUUCAAAUUGAUAGAAUAUUACAUCGCUUUGAUAAAAAAUUUUUUCUCCUUCUGCAUAAUUUUUGUAAGAUGUAAGAAAUAAUUAAUUUAAUAAUUUAUAUUGAUGUACAAGUUGUUGCCUUUCCUUCUUAGGUAUGAGUUUACGACUGAUGAUGUUAUCGAUGAGUGUUUGUGAAAUAAAUGUCGAUGAUAUUUAAA